AUGGAGAACAAAAGGGUGUUGCUUGUUUUCAUUGUCUUUGUAGGGUUUCUUGUGAGUUCUGAAGGGGUGACCAGUAAUAGUGAGAAGGAAAAGAAAUUAGAGGAGGUCUAUGAUGCCAAAAACUAUGGGGGAUACGGUGGAUAUGGAGGGUACGGAGGAUAUGGGGGGCCAUAUGGAGGCUAUGGUGGCCCUUUUGGAGGAUAUGGCGGUGGGGUGCUGUCAUUGAUUCCAUUGAUUAGGGAUUUGCUUCCAUUGCCAUUUCUUGGUAUACCUGGGCUGGGACGAUUGGGGUUCGGUUUCCGUGGGAUACUUGCAGAAGAUCAGGGUGGGAAAGGAUAUGAUGAUAAUUACCCUAGAGGUUAUUAUGGCGGGAAGGGAGAUGAUAAUUACCCUGGAAGUGAUUAUUACGGGAAGGGAGAUGAUCCUUACCCUAGAGGUGGCUAUGGCGGCCGGAAAGGAGAUGAUCCUUACCCUAGAGGUGGCUAUGGCGGCCGGAAAGGAGAUGAUCGUCACCCUAGAGGUGAUUAUGGCGGGAAGGGAGAUGAUCGGAACCCUAGAGGUGAUUAUGGCGGAAAAGAUGACAAUGGUGGUAAGGGAGAUGAUAGUGAUCACGGAGGCAAAGGAGAACGUUCCAAAGAUGAUCGUGGUGAAAAGGAAUGUUCCGAAGAUGAUCAUGGUGGAAAAGGAGACCGUUCCGAAGAUGAUAACGGUAAGAAAGGAGAUCAUUCUAAAGAAGAUAACGGUAAGAAAGGAGACCUUUCUAAAGAUGAUCGAGAAGGAAAAGGAGACCGUCCUAAAGAUGACCACGGUGGGAAAGGAGACAACCCCAAGUAUGAUUAUGGUAGGAAAGGAGGCAUUCCAAAAUAUGAUGAUGGAGGGAAAGGCGUUGGUGGAGCUGGCGGUGGUGGCUAUCCAUAG